UUUGGUGACCAAACUUUACCAACAUAGCUCUGGCCCUGAAUGAACGACUCUUAGCAUAAGGAUAAGAGUCACUAGAAGUACAAAUAAACCAAAGCCAAUGUGAGGCAGAAAAUGUAACAUGAGUUAAGCCCACUUAUCCACUUAUCUCACACAAACUAACAGCCAAAACCAAAACUAUUCAAACCACUUUUCUGACUAACAAGCUAGCAAUGGCUACUUCUCUACUACCCAACUAUCUAACUCCAUGUUUCUCCUUUCCUCCUUCCUUGUUUAAUCCCAAUACCACCAAAUUUUCAUUCCCGAACACAUCUGAAUACUCGAAUGCUGCAAAAAGAUCAAUUCUUUUACCACAAGCAAAGAACAAAAACCAAUGGUUAGACCCAUUUGAUGAUGGGGAGGACCCAGAUAUGGAAUAUGGGUCAUUGUUUACUGAUGGGAAACAAGAUGAAGAUCCAAGGCCACCGGAUAACCCGACAAACCCAUAUGGGUUCCUUAAGUUCCCAACGGGAUAUGCAGUGGAGAUUGCAUCAUUGGCAUCCAAAGUUAGGGGAGAUGUAAGGAGAUGUUGCUGUGUAGUUUCUGGUGGUGUUUAUGAGAAUUUACUUUUCUUCCCAGUGAUUCAGUUGAUCAAAGAUAGGUAUCCUGGUGUUCAAAUUGAUGUGAUUGCCGCAGGAAGGGGAAAACAAACUUAUGAAAUGAAUAAAAAUGUGAGGUGGGCUACUGUUUAUGAUCCUGAUGAUCACUUUCCUGAUCCAGCCGAAUAUACUGACAUGAUUGGAGUUCUUAAGAAUAGAUACUAUGACAUGAUACUGUCCACAAAACUAGCAGGAAUAGGGCAUGCAGCAUUUUUAUUUAUGGCCACAGCUAGAGACAGAGUUAGCUACAUUUAUCCCGAUGUAAAUGCAGCAGGAGCUGGACUUUUUCUAUCUCAAACAUUUACACCAGACAGUAUGAAUCUUUCAGAAGGAGGAUAUCACAUGUACCAUCAGAUGAUCGAAUGGCUAGGCCGACCAGCCAAGAACGUACCACCACAACCCAUUCCCCCCUUGAAGGUGUCGAUUUCAAGAAGGCUAAAGGAGGUUGUCGAGGCUAAAUAUAAAGCUGCGGGAGCAGAAAAAGGAAAAUAUGUAGUGAUUCAUGGCAUAAAAUGUGACUCAAAGGCUUCAAUGCAGUCCAAAGGAGAUACUGAUAGCUUGCUCCCUAUUGAGAUUUGGGCAGAUAUCUCCGAGGCAAUCAGGGGAGUAACACCGGUCUUUGUGAUUCCACACGAGAAAGUACGAGAAGACGUAGAGGAAAUUGUCGGGGAUGAAACCAGCAUUGUGUUCAUAACAACACCGGGUCAAUUAGCAGCAUUGAUCAACGAUUCGGUUGGUGUUAUAGCCACCAACACAGCAGCAAUUCAGCUCGCACAUGCACGCGAAAAGCCCAGUAUCGCCUUGUUUUGUUCGGAAGCGAAAGGAAAACAUUUCAUUCCAAAUGCUGAAGAAAAGAAGUGCAAAAUCAUAGCAUCUAAAACAGGAAAUUUGGCAGAUAUUGAUGUUGAGCUUGUAAAAGAUGCACUUAAAGUGUUUGAGAAUACAGCUCCAGCUCCACUUUUGGUGUAAAUUCUUUCCCUUUGAACUUAUGCUAUCUAGCUCCUUGUCGGAUCAAGGACGAAAUUAAAGAUGAGGAAGAUAGCACAAAGAGCAUGUAAUCCUUGUAAGCUUUUUCAAUUGUAAAUCUAAAGUUCAAAUCA